UGGUCCUUCGACAAAGGACAAGAAUAUUUUUUAUUUAUUCUUAGAUUUUUUUAUUUUCUUUAGUGAUAUUUGAAAUAAAAUAUAUAUAUAUAUACAUAUAUACAUAUAUAUGCUUAUACAUAUACGUAUAAAAAUUUCAGCAUUACAGUUUUCUUGAAUGGAACUCAAACUUGUAUCUCGGUCGUGUAUAGGUUUUAAAUUUAAAUAUUUUUGUGUUUAUUUGUCUGAUUAAAGCGAUUUGGAACUGAGUGCUUUAUAAAUUUUCUAAUGAAGGAAUGAAUAAAGAUAUGAAGUUUUCGAAUAUUUGCUGAUUAUUAGAAAUUAAAAUAAUUAAUUUAAUAAGAAUAUUUUUUUAAUUUUCAAAAAAAAAAUUAGAGUGUUCAAAAUGUGUGAAUAAAUGUUUAAAGAAUUCAAAAAUAUAAAGAAUACAGAAACGAAUAUUUAAAUCAAAAAUUAAAAAAUAAUUCAAAAACAUUUUUCUACUACACAAUAUGAAAUCAAAGUGGAAAUUAAAUUAAUUCAAAAUUUCAUUAACUUUUCAAGAUUUUAAUCACAUAAUAUUAAAUUCUAUUGCGUAUUCAUUAAAAGGAUUAUUUUUUACGAAUUUCGGUUAAACAAGGAUAGUUAAUUGCUCAAACAUGUUACAAAAAAAAAAAAUUACUAAAGGAGUUUUUAUAUUUUGUAAUGCCUGGGGAGUGUGAAUAAUUUUUAGCAGAUUUUAAUUAUGUGUUAUUACCAAAAAUUUGACAAAUAAAUCGGAAUUGAAGUUGGAGUUAUUUUUUUUUUAGUUUUGGUUAAAAUAUAAAAUUGUAUAUACAAGCUUCUAAAUUCAAAAUAUUGUUUCUAAGAUUUAUAUUGCUAAGAUUUAAUUUUCAAAAUUUAUUAAAGUUUUACAAUAUUUGUUUUAAAAAUACACACAUAAUAUACCUAUAGUGCUACCAUUUUUUAAAAAUAAAUUUAAAAAAGAAUAAAAUUAUAAAUUACAGAAUAAAAUAUUAAAUAAAUGUCCUCAAAAAUAGAAAAUUAAAAAUAGAAAUAGAAAAAAAAAUUGAAUAUUUUAAAUAUAUUUCUGUGUGUGUGUGUAGAUGUGUUUCUCAUUUUUGGAAUAUAUAUUAAAAUAUUAAUAAAUACCAUAAUUAAUUUCAUAAUUUAAAAAAAAAAAAAUUGAAAAAUUGAAGAGAAAAAUAUUUAAAAUGGGUUGCGAAUUAAGUAAAAUCGGUUCAAAUAAUAAAGAUGAUAAAAAUAUAGAAGAUGAAAAAUUAAGUGAACCACCGGCACCAGCAGCACCUGAUCCUCGUCUACCAUUAACAGCAAAACAAAAAUAUAAUUUAUUAGCAUCAUGGCGUGGUAUUAGUAGAGCAACACAAUUAACUGGUAUCAAUAUGUUUGUAAAAUUAUUCGAAGAGCAUUCAUAUUUACUCGAAAUAUUUAAAUUUAAAGAAUUACGUACACGUGAAGAACAAGCUAGAUCAGAAGAAUUAGCAGAACAUGCUAAUAAAGUAAUGUCUACAUUAGAUGAAGGUAUUAGAGGAUUGGAUGAUUUAGAUACAUUUUUUAUUUAUUUACAUCAAAUUGGUUCUUCUCAUCGACGUAUUCAAGGUUUCAAAAGUGAAUAUUUUUGGAAAGUUGAAAAACCAUUUUUAUCAGCUGUUGAAAAUACAUUGGGUGAUCGUUAUACAGCAAAUGUUGAAGGAAUUUAUAAAAUUACAAUUAAAUUUAUAAUUGAAACAUUAAUAAAUGGUUAUGAAAAUGCCAAUAGUGCCAAUUAUAAUACACAAAAUACUGAUAUACCAGAAAUUAAAACACAAACUAACGGUAAUAACGAUUCAGAAUUAAGAUCGCCAGAUUAACAGCAACCAUAAUAAAUAUUAUAAAAAUAUUUAAAAAUUAAAAAUGAAAAAAAAAAAAAGAAUUUUAAAAAAAUUUCCAUCCAUAAUUGAAAAAGUUUAAAUAUAAAAUAUUUUACAAGAAAAAUAGAAAGUAUUAUAAGCUGGUCAAUUUAAAUAAAAAUACCAUAAUAAAAAAAUUUAAAUUAUUAUAAAAUAAAAAUAAGAAUGCCAAUUAUAAGAA